AUGACUGUCAUCACAGAUUUCUUACUUAUGGGAUUUUCUGAGCAAUGGGAGUUCCAGAUUUUGCACUUUGUGGUCUUCCUCAUGAUGUAUCUGGCUAUCCUGAUGGGAAAUCUUCUCCUCAUCAUUCUGGUAGUACUGAACAGCCAUCUUCAGACACCAAUGUAUUUCUUUCUGGUCAAUUUAGCAAUUGUUGACCUGGGAUCCACCUCUGUCACCAUUCCCAGGUCAAUGGCCAGUGCCCUCAAGAAUACAAGAAUGAUUUCAUAUUCUGAAUGUGUUGCACAAAUGUUCUUCUUUGUCUUCUUCCUGUCAUCAGACAUUUUCCUUCUCACUGCUCUGGCCUAUGACAGAUAUGUCGCUAUCUGCCACCCUCUACACUAUAUGUCUAUGAUGAACUGGGGAAGCUGCUUCCAGAUGGCAGGUGGUGCAUGGAUGCUAGGCUUUCUUAAUGCUGCCAUUCAUGCAGGAACCCUCUUUUCAUUGCCUUUCUGCUCCAAAGUCAUCCAUCAGUUCUUCUGUGAAAUCCCACACCUCAUCAAGAUCUCCUGCUUUGAUCCCAAAUUCAGUGAAAUCUGGGCUCUUCUCUUUAGUACUUUG